AUGGGUAAAGAAAAGAAGAACGAGCCGAUCGCCGAAGUGGAUUAUGUGGAUCGAAAUGUGGUCAAUAUCAAAUCAGUGCCACAUGUUUGGGACAACCAAGCGUUGACUCGUCUCUCUCUCGCCCAUAACAAGCUCACCGAAAUCCCGCCCGAUAUCGCUGAUCUCGUCAAUUUGGAGAUUCUCUCCCUUUGGAAUAAUCAAAUCACCGAGUUGCCCACCUCAAUCUCUACCAUGUCGAGACUUAAAAUUCUUAACAUCGGAAUGAAUCGUUUGAGCGUUUUACCCCGUGGAUUUGGCUCAUUCCCAUCGCUUGAGAUUCUCGAUCUCACCUAUAACAAUCUCUCCGAGAAAAGUCUCCCUGGGAACUUUUUCUUCAUUUCAACUCUACGUGCUCUUUAUUUGGGUGAUAACGAUUUCGAGAUGUUGCCUGGAGACGUUCGCAAUCUUACAAAUUUACAAAUUCUUGUGCUCAGAGAUAACGACCUCUUGAUGAUGCCUAGAGAGUUGGGAGAUCUGCAAAAACUCCGCGAGCUUCAUCUUCAAGGAAACCGUUUGACUACUCUACCACCAGAGUUUGGCGCUCUUGAUCUCGUUUCUACUAAAUCGGUACUCCGUCUUCAGCACAAUCCAUGGGUGCCCGCUAUUCAGGAACAACUUGAUGCUCGUGGAUGUCAAGGUGUAUGGGAGUACAUCCGCUCCGAGAACUACAAAUACUUUUACGGACGACAGGAAGUGAGCAACACUCCAGUGCCACCAAAGAGAAACAAGGAUCGAAAGAUUUCUCGGCAAACAGCAAAGACGACCUGC